AUGGCCAAUGACUCUGUUCAAAAGAAGCUUGGCUCGAAGCGCAAGAACGCCAAAGAUACUACAGAGAGCGAUGCCGAGAUACAGCAAUCUACAUCUACCGAGAAAAGCAACGGAGCAGAGAGCAAAGACAAGAAGAAGCGCAAGAAGUCCUCCAGCGAGAUCGCCGAUGGCGAUGUGAGCCAGAAGAAGAAGCGGAGGCACAGCACUGACAACAACGAGGACGAGUCCCUGUCGAAGCAGAAGAAGAAGAAGCGAGUCUCCUUCGGCCCGGGAACCAAGACCCGAGACGGCGACGGUGACAGCGACAGCGACAGCCCCGCUGAUGACGAAGCCGACGCGAACGAUAGCAGCGACACUGUCACCGGCACAGAUGACAACUCCGCCAAAGAAGCCGAAGACAAAGCCAUCGAGGAAAUGAAGAAGCGCAAGCGUGAGAAGAAGAAGGAACGCAAGAGCAGUGCGGCUUCAUCCUCUUCUGCCGGCCCCGUUCACGAGACUCCUGUCCUCUCAUACCUGAGCCGGUACUACCACGACCGUACGCUCUGGAAGUUCCAGAAGAACCGCGAGACCAAUCUCUUCAAGCACCUGUACUCGAGCGAGCACGUUCCGGCGCUGUAUAACGCACCGUUGUUGACGUAUCUCCAGGGACUGAAGGGCGACGCGGCGAAGCAGCGGUUAAGCCAGGGUGCGGUCGGGGUCCUGAAACCUGAUGCAGAUGUUGAGAACAGCGAUGGAUAUCAGCAGGCUGUGGAUUUGUUCAGGGUAUCCCUACCUGCUGGUGGGGAGGAUUUGAAUCAUGCGGGUGAAGGAGAGGGUCUGGAUACUGAGAAUCGGAAGCGCCUCCAGAAGAGACUCCGCGCUGAAUUGGUCUUUUUCGCUGUUUCAGGGGAGCUGUUUAACCGUGAGCAAUUCGCGAAGAAGAAGUCUGCCGAGCUUAAGGCCGAGGCUCAGAAGCAGAAGAAGCGAAAGAACCGGACGGCUGUUGUUAUUUCGAGCAGCAGCGAGAGCGACAGCGAUGAAGACAAACCAACCGUUAAAAAGAGUGCUGUGAUGGCUAGCAAGACCAAGGCCAAGGCGGCAGAUAGCAGCGACGAAUCAACUAGCAGCAGCGGCAGCGAUAAUAGCACUAGCAGCAGUGGCAGCGAUUCUUCGAGCAGCAGUGAAAGCGAUAGUAAUGCUGCUGCCUCUGUCCCAGCAAAGAAAGCUGCAUUGUCAAGAAAGAACGCCCCUAAGCAGAAGAUAAAGCCUGCUCCCAAGGAAGUCCCUGCUCCGUCGAAGAACAAGAAGAAGCAGAAGCGCAAAGUUCGAACUGCGCAGAUCGAGAUCUCGAGUAGCAGCGAGAGUGACAGCAACUGA